UUUUAUUUGAAAACCCCAACCUUUCGUUUCGUAGAGAAGCGGCGCGUGGUUUGCUUUUCUGCAUGUUAAUUUGUGUUGUCGUCGAUGGAGCAUCUUCUACACGAUCUCAAGCCAUCGCAGGCGGGGAAAAAUUCGGCUUCGAACGGGAUUCUGAACGUGGUGAACGAAUGGAAAGGUAUGGGCGAUAAUCUGUUCAACUCUUUAGUUGGUAGAGUUUCGGAGAUUGAAUCUCGGGAGAAAAAUCUGGUCUUGGUUCGAGAAUCGCUGGAUAAACGGUUGAAAGAAGUGGAGGAGAGGGAGAGGGAAUUCGAGUUUUUUCGUGUGAGAAAGAAGAGGGAACUGGCUUUGAAAGAGAGGGGACUGACUCCGGCGUUGGAAGAUUUCGCGAAGGAGGCUCGGUUGAGGGAGGAGAAAUUGGAUGAGGAUUUGAAGUCUGUUCGUGAUCAUAUUGACAGCUUGGAGGCAGCCCGGGCCGAAGUCGAGGGCUUUCGUAUGUUGCAGAUGGAGAAGUUGAAGGAGAUUGAAAACAGGGAGAGGCAAAUUGAUUCUAUGGGUUGUUCGGUGGAGAAACGGUUGAGAGAUGUUAAGCAGAAGGAGGAUGAGUUCGAUGCGUACCAAGAUGCGAAAUGGAGACAAUUAGCUGCGAAAGAAGAGAUACUGACUAGUAAGAGGGACGAGUUUGCUAAAGAGGUUGAAUUGGCAAGUGAGAGAUUGAAAAAGGUAGAGAUUGUUCGGUGUGGACUUAUCAAGAAGUUGGAGUUGGCGCUCGAUAGGUAUGAGGGCAUCAAGGUGGCUGUAGAUGAGAGGUUCAAGGAGAUAAGGUCGUUGAAGACUGAGGCUAAGAAAUCGCUGAAGCCUCUUUUGAAGGAAGCUGAUUUCGCUCAAGAAUCGUUGGAGGAACUGAUGAAAGAGUUUGAAGAAAUGGUAAACAAGUUUAAUGCAUUCCAGCAGGACAAACUGCAAAAGUUGGAGGUCAAAGAGCGAGAACUUAGUGUUAUGAGGAUGGAGCUUCUUGAGGAGGUCAAGUUGAGGGAUGAAAAACUGGCUGAGAGGUUAGAGGAGAUCGAGUCCCGGGAGAUUGCGGCCCAUAAAUCGUUGUCUGAUGGUUUGCAUGAAGCGGAUUUGAUUCGAGAAUCUUUGGAGAAAGGGUUCAAAGAAUUUGAGAUAAUGGAAAAGGAUUUUAAUGCAUUUCGAGAGGAUAAAUUGCAGAGUUUGGAAGCGCAAGAGCAGCAGCUUCGUGUUAUGAGGAUAGAGCUUCUUGAUGAGGUUCAGUUCAGGGAAGAAAAAAUGGCGGAGAGGUUAAAGGAGAUUGAUUCUUGGGAGUCUGUGACCCAUAAUUCAUUGAAUGCUCGUUUGAGUGAAGCCGAUUUAAUUCAGGAAUCGUUGGAGAAACGGUUCAAAAAGUUUGAGGAAAUGGAGGAAGAAUUUAAUUCAUUCCAACAGGACAAAAUGCGAAAGUUGGAAUUGGAAGAGCAGCGACUUAGUGUUACGAGGAUAGAGCUUCUUAAGGAGGUCGAGUUGAGGGAUCAAAAGGCGACCGAGCAACAGAAGUUGGCGCAAGAUCUUUUGAAGUGUUUAGAGAAAACGAUGGGUAAGAAGGUGAAGGAGAUGGAGGCUCGGGAACCACCUCCCGAUGCUGCAAAGGGAACUAAAUUAACAAGAGAUUCAACGAAUAUGCCGGUUGAAGAACUUGAGAAGUGGGCGAAGGAAUUCAAAUCAUCCCAACAGAAAAAAAUGAGAGAAUUGGAGGUAGCUGGUGAUAAAUUGAGAUUGAUUGAUGAAGAGCUUAGCCUGGAAGGAAACGUUCGAGAGGAGAAAUUCGAUAAGCAAGAAAUUGGUGCAAAGAAGAUAGAGUGUAAUUCUGUCAAGGAUUGUGUUCAGAAGGAAGUUGAUGUACAUGAACCGAAAGCAAAAGAAUUGAAGGAACCAGAAAAGAGAAUUAAAUUAGAGGAAGAUGUUGAAAAGGGCGUAACAGUCGAACGAGUCGACCCGCGAUGUGAAGUGCAAGAUAGAAUAAUUGUGGAACUAUUUAUGCACAGCAUUGAAAAGGACUUGGAAUUUUUGAGCGAUGAGGUCUUUAAAGUUCUUCUCCACUCGUCUGAUCCAGCAAAGUUAAUUUUGGAGGCCGUAGUAUUAUUUUGCGCACCGCCCUACGUGAAGGAUGGAGAUAUAAAGAUCGAAAUACAGGAAAGGGGCAUUCUUCUGUUGGAUCAGCUGACCAAAAUGUCCCCAAAUAUUCCGCGAUGUAUUAGAGAAGCAGCAAUUCUAGUUGCUAAUGCGUGGAAGUCGAAAAUGAGAACUAGUGCUGAAAACCCAUUGAAUGUAUUGGGCUUCUUGCAUUUCUUGGCUGCAUACAAAAUAUCCUCCUGUUUUAACAAAGUCGAGAUUUUGGGGUUUCUGAAAUCGGUGGCCGAACAUAAACAGACACCCGGUCUCUUCCGCGUCCUUGGUCUCACGGAGAAUAUUCCUGGUUUUAUCAAAACUCUUAUAAACGAGAAGCAGUAUCUGCUCGCCAGCACUUACAUCUACGAAUGUCAACUUGAGAACACGUUUCCACAGGCAGCUGUGCUGAAUUAUUACGUAAUACAUGCAAAGUUCUCAGCAAAGGCAAAAGCUAAAACGGAAAAUAAUCCUUGUAAAGCACAGGAUAAAGCUAUUACUAGUGAGAUAGCCGAUCUGCGUCUUGCAAUUGCCCAUAUUAUCAAAUAUGGGCUUGAAUCCGAGUACUCCCCCUACAGGCUUACUUCAAGGACGAAGCAGUUGGAAACGGAACAAGCAAGAUUGAAAAAACGAACGCCGGCAUCAUCAUCAUCCGGCUAUGCACGAAAUCGGGAAAAAGGCAAGAGAUUCAAUCAAUCACAUGAUGAAAAGAAGAGAAAGUUGCAAGAGCAACAACAUGACGAACCCAACACCGAAGCUCGAUUUUGCAGAAGUCAAACAAAUGAAGUGCCGACAGCCCUGCAUGGUAAAGCUAACAAAAGGCAGAGGACAAAUAAUCUACCGUACAGGGGUCCAUUGCACCAAGAAGGUGUCCGCCAUCACGCACGGCCACCACCGCCAGAACAUCACGUAUCGAAACUUCCAUGAGCAGAAAUUAAGGAUUGCAAUUUGGAUAAGUGUACAUUAGUUACUGGGGGAAAUGAGGUUGCUUCUUGCAAAAGAUCUUUCUGUUGUUAUAACAUUAUUUGUAGUGCUAUUUUUUUGGAGUUUUCAAGAUCCCCUUUUUGUAGGUGUGUGGAUCUUUACAUAUUUGUCAUUUUUAAUAAUAUAUUAUUAAUUAUGAGUUAUUUUCCGAAAUA